AUGAGUCGCUUCUUUUUGUCAUUAGAUUCUCUCAAUGGCACAGCAGAAGAGGACAUCUCGUCUAUCGAUCGUCUACGGCGGUUUGCCAACAGCAAGAUGGCCUCCCAGCGAGUGUUAGCCGCAGGGUUAUUAGUGGAGGUAUUAGCUGAGGGUGCAGCAGCAGCAGAAGGGUUUGAGCUGCAGCAGCUGCUGCAGCAAAUAGCACGCUUCUUUCCUGUGCAGCAGCAGCAGCAGCAGCUGCAGCUGCAGCACGGGGACGGAAAAGGUGCUAAAUCCAGCAGCAGCAGCAGCAACAGCAACAGCACCAGCAACGGCAGCAGCAGCAGCAGCAGCAAGAAGGGGUUCCUUGGGUCAAUCUUCUCUGCUAAGUCCCUCUCUCGCAUGCUGUGGGGCCCCCAUGAGGGGGCCCCCCAAGGCGAAUGGGGGGCCCCCAGUGAUGAUAGGGGCCCCAGGGGGGCCCUCUGUGCUAGAGGGGGAGAUAUUGCUGCUUGUCUUAUUCAGGCAGACCCAGACAACGGGUAUAAUAGGGUUUGUAGCGAGUUGCUGCCCUUCUUCGAGGGUUUGCUGCAUGCAGCAUCAGAUAUACAAACAAUGAAGGCAGCAGCAGAUGCAAUUCUGCUUAUUGGGACCCAUCUAAGGCCAUCAGAUCGUUUAUGUUAUGUAUUACCAAUAGGUUUACGUUUAAGUCAAUAUAAUGAUUGUUUAUCUUUGCGUUUUUUUUCUUCUUCUUUUCUCUUUUUUAUUUCUGAUCUAUUUGCUGCUGAUCUAAAAUAUCAUUUGCUUCUUCCUCAAUUCUUAUUCCUUGCUUAUGAAGAUAUUCAUCCUAUGAUGUCUCCUGGUUUGGGUGAGGAGACAGUGGAGAAGCGGGUGCUGCCGCUGUUGCUGCAUCUACAAUCUGCUGCUGCUGCUGCUGAUGGUAGAAAGGAAGAAAGGACUGCAGCAGCUGCUUCUAUGUUCGAUCUAGCAAAGUCUGUGUCUGCUGCUGUGCGGCUUGACGUGCUGCUGCCCGCCUUGUUAGACUUCCUUAAGGCACCAGAACCUUGUGUCCGCUUGGCAGCAAAGCAGCAGCUUUGCUUUUUCUUAACUUCUGUUGCUGAGUUCCUUCCUCUGGAUGGUGCUGCUCCUGCUGCAGUGCAGCAGCAGCAGCAGCAGCAGAAGAAGCAGCAGAAGGCACGGGUGCAACGUCAUCAAGGCAGUUCAAGGAACGAAAUGGAGCCCUGUGAGCAGCAGCAACAGCAGCAGCAGCAGCAGCAGCAGCAGCAGCAACUGGAAGACGAAGGAUGCCAUACAGAAUCAGCAGACACGUACAACAGCAAAGACAGCAGCAACGGCAGCAACAGCAGCAAGGUGUCUUGCGAGGAAGCAGCAGGAGUAAGCGAUGCAGCAGAGACAUCUGCAGCAACAGAAGCAGCAGCAACAACAACAGCAACAGCAGCAACAGCAGCAACAGAGACAGCAGCAACAGGAGGAUCUUGCCAAGAGCAAGAAGGAGCGACAAAGGAGAGCACAUCUGCACUAGCAACAAAAGCAGCAAAAGCAGCAUCAGCAGCAGGGGACAGAGCAGCAGCAGCGGCAGCAGCAGCAGCAGCAGCAGAUCGUUUGAUGCUGCUGCUGCAUGAGUAUUGCUGCUUAACUGAGCCAGCAGCAGCAGCAGCAGAAGAAGAAGAGACAGAUUGUACAUUCAUAUAUAGAGACACUAUGCAAGUUUAUGCAGGGGAGGGUGGUGGUGGGGAGUCGGACUGCUGCUGCUGCAGUCUCUGCCAGAGCACGAGGAGACAGAUAGCAGAGAUGAACUUUGGUUACCGCCCUACAGAGAAUGCAGCAGCAGCAGCAGCAGCAGCAGCAGCAGAAAUAGGAGCAGGCAUGUUGCUGCCUAUGUCUGCUGCAGCAUGUGCAAGCUUUACAUUUGCUGCUGUUGCUGCUGCAGCAACAGCAGCAAGAUGGCCGCUGCUGCGCUGCUGCUUCAGGAACCUACUAACGCAUCCCUGCACAGCGGCAAGUCGUCUAUACACAGCAGCAGCAGCAGCAGCAACGGCACCAACAGAAGCUGCAGCAGCAACGGAAGAAGCAGCAGCAGCAGCAGCAGCAGCAACAGCAACGGGGGAUGCUGUGAAUGUUUUUGCUGCUGCAGCCAACAGCAGCAGCAGCAGCAACAGCAGCAGCAGCAGCAGCAAGGAGAGAGGAAAGUCUGCAGCAAAUGCGCAGAAGAGAGAAGGAGACGCGAAGAAGAAUUCUCUGAUGCAGUGCGGCGACUUCUUAAUGAUGAAAGUACCGUCAGGGAUGCUUUUGUUUUUUUUUUUUUUGGUUUUUUUCAUUUUUUAG